AUGCGCUUAUCUUGUUUCCUCGUUUCUACCCUAGCGGCUCUGGCCGCAGCCAACGAGCCCAGCACAACAACCAUCAGCUUUUUCGGAGACGAUGACUCAGGCGUCAAUAUCGGCGCCUACUCCAGCACCAUAGGGCGAGUUGUCGGCACCGACAAGUACGCCACGACCUAUGAGAUCGGCUGCAUGGAAGGCGCAGACAAGUGCGCAUUGAACCAUCCCGCCACCAUGGUCCAGGGCGACACCACUUUCAGCAUCUCCAUGCAAGUAACUGUGGUUACUGGCGGUGCGACGGGCCACCUAACCGCCGUCGAGUCAUGCAGUUUCACGCGCCUUUCUGAAUCGGCUGUCUGCACUUGGAGCCUUGAUUACACUGCCAUGAAGGAUGAUCUCACCGUUUCCGAAUCCACCUCUAGCACGCAAUCUGUCCCGUCGGAUUUGGUUACCUAUCACCCUCUUACCGUCACGGAUGGCACCUAUGCUUUCAAGGCUAACGCGACGGCUUCGACUUCGCCGGGGAAGAUCACCCCUACUGCUUCCACUGGUGGUGCUGUGGCUGCCGUGAAGCCUUUGAUCACUGCUGCGCCAAUGGGUGCUGCUGCUGCUAUUGCUGCUUUUGCGGCUAUGCUCUAG